UGCACCAUUCUGCUGGAGGAUACACACACACCCAUACACACAAGCACACACACACAUACUGCCAAGGACAUGGCACACUGUGUCAUACUGGAUGGACCUGCACCAUGGGGCUUCCGGAUGAUUGGAGGAAAAGAUUUUAACCAACCCCUCACUAUCGGAAAGAUAUCUCCAGGUAGCAAGGCGUCCACGGUAGACCUUUCUCCUGGUGACAUUAUCCUGGCUAUAGAUGGCGUCUCCACCAGCAACAUGAUGCACUGUGAAGCUCAGAAUCGCAUGAAGCAGGCCACACGGCAGCUCAACUUAACCAUCCAGAGGCCAGAAACCAAACUGUGGUCACCUCGAGUCAGAGAAGAUGACAGAGUGCAUCCAUUUAAAAUGAACCUGGAGGCAGAGAUGCAGGAUUACAGGCCAAUAGGCACGGGCCAUAACCGGCGGGCCGCACCCUUUGUGGCAGCAGCCAACAUUGACGACAAGCGACAGGUGGUCAGCUCCGCCUACAACUCUCCUAUUGGUCUGUAUUCUUCUGGCAAUAUCCAGGACGCCUUACACGGUCAGCUCAGGGGCCUAAUGCACAGCAAGCCGGAGAGUCCCAGGAUCCUUACAUCUAUAGAAGAAUCAGAUGUGUACCGCAUGCUACAGAAGGAAGAGGGAGAGAAGGAGCCUCAUGAACCCCGACAAUCAGGAUCCUUCAAAGCCUUACAGGACUACAUCAGCAAUGAAGGAACACUUCCAGUCGUGACGAAGGAGGUGCGAGCUCCCAUCACUAAGCCUCUCUCACCAGGAGGAAACCUGCACAAACUGCCCAUGUGUGACAAAUGUGGUAACGGCAUAGUUGGGAUGGUGGUGAAAGUUCACGAUAAGUAUCGGCACCCUGGUUGUUUCGUCUGCUCGGACUGUGAGGAGAACCUGAAGCAGAAAGGCUACUUUUUUAUAGACGACGAGAUCUACUGCGAAACUCACGCACUCGCUCACGGAAAACCUCCUGAAAGUCCAGACCUGUAGAUAACACACACACACACACACACACACACACACGCAGACACGCACUUACAUCCGAAUAUUAUAAAAUCAUACUCGAUUACACUGCAUUUGCACUCAUUUAGAGCGACACGUUCACAACCGUGGUGAUUUACUGAGGACACACAACAUGGUCUUGAUUGUUAAGAAACAUCAGUUUGUUUGUGGGGUUUGAAAUGUGUUUACACUGUGCUGUAUAUAUACUGUAAGAAUAAGCUAUUUCAAUAAAAUAAUACUUACAA